AUGGAGCUGGUUUUGAAGAAUGAAGAUAGAAUUAGUAUUUUACAGGAUGAUUUGCUUCUUAAGAUCCUUGAUUUGGUUGACAUGAAAACUGUAGUCAAAACCAGCGUUUUGUCCACAAGAUGGAGGUACGUAUGGAAAUCCGUCUCCGUUCUAAAGUUAGUCAUCCGCGAUCCAAGAACUAAAAAGGCACGUUCAUUUAUUAAUUUCGUUAACGCCGUACUCCUACUUAGGGAUAUCUCUGACACAAAGAAGUUCAUUCUUAUUUGGGACAGCACAUCUGAUGAAAUAGCAAAACACCUUACUAACUGGAUAAUCGUUGCUUUAAGCCGUCAUGUCCAAGAACUACAUAUAGAGAUCAGCAGUAGGUUGACAUUCAAGUUACCUCAUCAACUCUUCAUUUCCCAAACAUUAACCGAUUUGACCUUGGAUUUUUGCGAAGGCAAUUUAUCCUCUGAUAUUUUUCUUCCUGAUCCAAUGAGUCUACCUCGACUCAAAUCAUUGUCUCUUAAUUCAUUUAAUGGCGGUAGUGAUAUAAAGUGGAUCAAUAAGCUCUUGUCAAGCUGUCCAGUUUUAAAUUCCCUUGAGAUAAUGGAUAUGUGGGUAAGAGAUGAUGCUACGGGUGUAAAUGUUGAUUGUCCUGAAUUAAAGCAUCUGGAAAUAAUCAAUACCACUGAAAGUGUAAGUUUUAUGGCCAUGGUAAUCAAGUUAUCUACUCCGAAUCUCACUUCUUUCAUUUGUCAAGACUAUAUGUUACAAAAAUAUUCUCUAGAGAACCUUUCUUCUCUAGUCACAGCUAAUAUUCAUAUGAUGAGAGAAGGAGACGAAGAGGAAGAUGAAGACAAAGACGGGCUUUUUCCUAAGCGUGUGAUGAAAUUUUUGGUUGGACUUCAUAAUGUGAAAGAACUGACACUAUCACCGGCUGAUAUCCUUCAGGUUGUCUCAAGAGUUCCGGAUCUAAUGGAAUGCCAAUCCCCUCUAUUUCACAAUCUCCGACAUUUGGAGUUGGAAAUGUAUUUUACCAGACGUUGCUUGCGAACAGUGACUUGGUUGCUCAGGACCUCUCCUGCUGUGGAAACUCUUUUUAUUACAUCAGAGGAGUCCAAUGAAGAGGAAGACGAUGAAGCGAGUUCAUUAGUGCCCUGCCAUUUUCCUCACUUAAGGGUCAUGAAGAUCAGAAAGUUUAGAGGAUCUGACAAGGAGAUCGAGUUACUGAGGCAUUUUUUAGGCCAAUUGGCACGACCAUGA